GGUCGGAGAGCAAACGGAGCUCUUUGGAAAGUGCGGCGUCGAGGAGUAGUUAUCCUCUCUCAACAUACAACGAGGAUGCUCAACAAGCUCAUUUUAGGAACCGGACAGGUUCCACCACCGGAAGCGAAGCAAGGACUUCUGCUCGCCGUGGACGACCACCACUAGUAGGGAGGAGUGCAGAUGAGUUAAAGCAAUGGAAUGAGCAAGAUACUAAGUCUCCUCCUGGUGCCACGCUUGAUCUCACGGUAGAG